AUGUUUGCUCGUGCGCCCUUUCAAUGGGCACAUUUACGGUCGGCAGGGACGGGUCUACGGUCAGGCCGCUCGAACACGCGCUGUUUUGACUUUGGGAAGAAGUAUUUCUCUCACAAUUCGUUCCUGCGCCAGGAACUACACCAAAAUGCCUCAUUUGCGCCUUUCAAUACACCCCAGUCGCAGAAACGGAAUGCAUCCGUAAUGUAUUACACAGCAAGUCUCAUUGUUGGAACCUUAGCGCUCGCUUAUGGCUCCGUUCCUCUAUAUAAAAUGAUUUGUCAACAGACCGGCUGGAACGGUCAACCAGUACUUACACACCGUGCCGGAGACGGCGACACCGCAUCGCGCGUAACGCCAGUGACCGACGCUCGUCGUCUUCGAAUCACCUUCAAUGGUUCGGUUUCGGAUGUCUUGCCUUGGAAGUUUACACCACAACAGCGUGAAGUCCGUGUGUUGCCCGGCGAGACGGCGCUUGCUUUUUAUACCGCGACAAAUAAAGGCCCGACGGACAUUAUCGGUGUUGCAACGUACAGUGUUACCCCUGGUCAGGUGGCCCCAUAUUUCAGCAAGAUCCAGUGCUUCUGCUUCGAAGAGCAGAAAUUGAACGCUGGGGAAUCUGUUGAUAUGCCGGUGUUCUUCUUCAUUGACCCGGAUUUUGUGAAAGAUCCGGCCAUGAAGGGCAUCGACACCAUCACUUUGUCGUAUACUUUCUUUAAAGCGAAGUAUGAUGACAAUGGUGUCCUGAAGCCAAUACCCACUGCUUAG